AUGAUAACGUCGAUUGGAAUUAUUCCUAGCAAGAUUGAGAUAGAGAAGUUGAAAGAGUUUAAAGUAAAUGAAGAAAUAGCCAGGUCUUUGGAGCAUCUCAACAUUCCUUUGAUUGACAAAUCAGCCAUGUCAUGUGAUUACGAUGCAGACGAAUCAGAGGAUAUAGUUGAAGGAGACGUUCUGAUCUUCUGCACGCCAAAUGAGGAAGACAUAAGCCUCUUACAAAUUUACAUUCAAAACAAGGAAUGUGUUAAUAUGUUCAUGCAUCAUGAUGCAUAUGUUUUCAGCUCUGUAAUUGAUUCUGAGAAUCUGAGCAUUGGAGGAACACCAUAUAUUGCUCUAGGAACAUUUGAGAACGAUAUUCUUGUUUAUGAUCCACUUGUAAGGAGUGCGAUGCUUCCUCAAAUUCUAUUGAAGGGGCACAGCGAUGCAGUGAUGUCGCUGCGGGAGGCCGAGGGAAGGCUGUUUAGCGGAAGUGUUGACUCUACAGUUAUUGAAUGGGAUGCAGAAAGGCUAGAAGUCAGGAAUAAGAUUGAAGCAGCAGGGCCUGUGAGCAAGAUUGAUGUUUCUGGAUCGUUUGUUGUCUAUUCAGUUGAAAACGCUUUGUAUUGCUUUGGAGAAAAAAUUGGCUUUGAAGGUGAUGUGGAGAAAAUAAGGAUGGCUGAUGAUAGAAUAUUUGUUUCUGAUUCUUGCGGAAAGCUAUGGUGCUAUGAUAUUCGGAACAUGUCGAAGACAGUUCUGGAAAAGAAGAUCCACGAAGACUCGAUUGCAGACUUUGAUAUUUUUGCAAAAAGCAUCUACACAGCAUCUCUGGAUGAAACCAUAAAGGUUGUAGAUGCUGAAAAUUUUGAUGUUCGAUAUGUAAAGAAGGUUGAUGAAAGGGUAUUUUCGAUUAGAGUAUGCGAAGAAGGAUUUUUUGUGUAUGGAGGAGAGCAAAACAUGCUGAAUAUGGUGCCUAUGAGUGUGAGUGCAAGCACGAAUGAAGAUUGA